CGAUCAGCUCGCUCACAUCGAUCACACUAGCUCUAGCUAGCUAGCUAAGCUCAAUUAGCAGUAGCUAGCUAGGAUUGGAUCGACGGAGAAGAAGACGACGACGACGAGGAGAAAGUAUAUUGUAGCUAUACCUCGAUCGAUCUCUCCCAUGGCGUACUCCUCCUCUGGUGCAUGGAGGUCGUCGGCGUCGUCGCUGGUGUGCGUCUUGCUGAUGCUGCUGCUCGUCCUGUCCGCCACCGUCUCCUGCGGCGAGCCUGACCAUGGCGACCAAUAUCGCGUCCAGCUGGUCGGGAUCACCGGCCGGAGAAUGCUCGUCGCCGGGAGCAGCAACAACGCUGCCACUGUCAGCUCGCCGACGGCGGCCGCCGCGGCGACCGUCAUUAGCGUGCCGCAGUUAGGUCGGGCAGCGGCGGCGGCGGCGGCGAUGCCGUUCUCCGAGUCGAAGAGGUCUAGCCCCGGCGGCCCGGACCCUCAGCACCAUUAAUCCGGGAAUUUUUGCAAGAAGCUGUGUCCAACUCUUAAUUAAUUAAAUUCACGGUGUCGUUUUUGUGUUCAGCUAGUUAAUUAAUCCGUGGUGUGGUGAGCUUCGUCUUCACUUGAGCUUCAGCCGAGUUCAGUUCUGAUCAAGCUGCGAUAUACUUAACUAUCGAGUGGCUUUUGUUAGCAUCCUU